UUUUGCUAGAGGUGCGUCAUAUAGUUACUGGGGUUAGAGAGGGAGUCUUUGCCGGCAGCUUAAAGGGAAUUUACACAGAAAGCCCAGGAUCAGUAGUCACGGGAAAUGGAAGACUUCAACUUGCACUACAGGUUCCUAAAUUGGAGGAGAAGAAUAAGGGAAAUAAGAGAAGUACGCGCAGUACGCCAUCAAGAGAGGUACAAGCGCAUUCUUGUUGAUGGCGACAUACUGAGUUACCAUGGAAACUCGGAUGAAGUUGGCUGUUACAUGGCCCCUCGUCCUUUGACAAAGGAGAACAAUUAUUUUGAGGUGUGUAUAGUGGACACUGGUGUGAGAGGGACAAUUGCAGUAGGACUAGUCCCUCAGUAUUACAAGCUAGAUCACCAACCAGGAUGGCUUCCACAUUCUGUUGCUUACCAUGCAGAUGAUGGCAAGUUGUUUAAUGGAAAUGGUGUGGGCCAACAGUUUGGGCCAAAGUGUUUUGCAGGUGAUCGAAUUGGGUGUGGUGUCCAGGCAGAGUCCUUUGACAGAGGAAUGGCAACUGUGUUUUUCACAAGAAAUGGAAAAGAGGUAGGGUCUGUAGUUAUGGCCAUGUCUCCGGAUGGAUUGUUCCCAGCAGUUGGAAUGCACUCUCUUGGAGAAGAAGUUCGCAUUGACCUUCAAGCAGAAUGGGGACUGGAUGAGGAUGACAGUGUCAUGAUGGUCGACAGCCAUGAAGAUGAAUGGGGCCGUCUACAUGAUGUUAAAGUUUGUGGAACACUAUUAGAAUAUGUCGGCAAAGGGAAGAGCAUAAUGGACGUAGGUCUGGCACAAGCAAGACAUCCCCUCAGCACCAGAAGUCAUUACUUCGAAGUAGAGAUAGUUGACCCAGGUGAAAAAUGCUACAUUGCUUUGGGAUUGGCACGAAAGGAUUACCCAAAAAAUCGGCAUCCUGGCUGGAGUCGAGGAUCAGUGGCUUAUCAUGCAGAUGAUGGCAAACUUUUCCAAGGAAGUGGAGUGGGAGAUCCCUUUGGCCCUCGCUGCUACAAGGGUGACAUCAUGGGUUGUGGUAUCAUGUUUCCUCGAGAUUAUAUUUUAGACAGUGAUGCCGACAGCGAUGACUGUAUCGACGCUGCAGAAGUGAAGUACAAACAGAGACGUGUGAGGAACAUCAUGUAUUUUAAUGAUGAGGAUGAAGAGGAUGAAGGAGAAGAUAUGGAGCAAGAAUAUGAUAGAAAGAAAGUAACGGUAUUUUUCACUCGAAAUGGAAAGAUAAUUGGCAGGAAAGAAGCACCAGUGCCAUCUGGAGGGUUCUACCCUACUAUCGGAAUGCUUAGCAAUGGAGAAAAAGUUAAAGUCGACCUGCAUCCUCUGAGCGGCUAAGCUGUUCACCCUCUUCUCACUGAACACAGCAAGCAAACGCAUGCUCUAUUUCCUACUGCCAUCUACUGGCUGUUUCUGGUGUUGCCUGUAACACCACAGAGGGUGCACAGUAUUGACCGUUAUAUUUGGCCAUUUUAUGUAACUCUGCUAUUCUGUUAGUGUAUUUAACAAACGGUUAUAUAGGGCAAGUGAUUAGUCUGAUUUCUUUUUCCCUUCAGUUUUGUUACAUCCUGCUUUAAAACACUAAAAAUCUAUCGCUGCUUUCAAAUCUUUUGCGGUUACUAUAUUCCAAAAUUAAUUAUUGAUUACCUCAAUUGCACGCCCUUGGCAUUUGCUAAGAACACUCCCCAAUACUGCUUUUUCCCUGCACAUCCCCAGGGUUAUUAAACAAUCAAUAUUAGAUGGCACAUUGUAAAGUAAUCCGUUUCCUCGUUGCUGUCUGCAAGCUGCUUUUGAAGGAAUGUUUUCAAGGAGCCUUCUGGCUGUCAGUACAACUCUUAAGCUUUCUGCAACAAGUGAAGUACCAACUCACUUAGUCUUGGUUUGAAUUCCAUGGUCAUCAGAGAGUAUACAGAUAUGAGCUGUCCUCUCCCCAGACCAGUGCCUUACUCACACUACUACAAGGCUGGUAUUCCUACCCUGUUAUUAACAUCAGUGUGUUAGCAACCACCUACCAUGAAGUAAGGUAAGAUAGAACAUCUAAUGAAAGUUUAUGGAAGCAUUUACAGCUGGAAGAUUUUCUUCAGCAGUGGGACACAGAAUUGCUGCAUGUUGGAAAGGUUUCUUGGCCCUUUUACACCGUUCCAGUUUCUGGCCACAUGUUAACUUUGUUGCAUCUGCUAUGGCCUUGGGUCCUUUCAGAUUUAGCAAGUUUAUCUUAAAAGUUGAUGCACUCACACAGUAGCUUUUGGCAUUAUGAUGUCUGACUAGUGCUAUCUGUAGAACUGAGAUAAAUAAGUUACAUCAUGAAGUAGUGGGGAUGGAGCAGCAGGGUAGUGGGCGGGGAGAAGGUCAGGGGUGAGAAGUAGCCACCAAAUCCAACAAUCUCCAGCAGAGUCGGUGGGCAGUAAUCUGGUUGCAGGGACCUUGGCUGAAUUCUCUAUCCCAAUGGCCCAGGAUGUGGAGGACAUUUAAUCCUCCCAUUGCUGUCGGGAUGAAAUCAGCUAAACUCAGCACAGAGCAGGGGCUACUACUCAGUAAUGGGAAUUAAAGAUUUAAGUUCUGAGAUGUUUGAGUUUGUGAAUAAAAUUUUUGUGAAGAGACAAAAGCUUCAUUUAAAGCUGUGUGGUAUUAAAGUGCCUUUCGGAUCUAUUCUAGACUAGGUUAGCAUACAUAAAAAAUGCAACAGCAAAAUACUGCAGUAUUCGCUAUCUCAUCCCACACACAUGCUCUAGGCAGAAUACUGGAUGGGGAGAUGUGAGCUGGAGUUUACCUGGAUUGUGCAUACCCCAUAACAUUCAGGGGUUACUUAAAGUUUCAUCCCUCUCUCCAGACUUCCAAAGUGGUUUCCAAGUUCAUCACCUGUGACAUAAAUAACGGGGUUUAUGUAGAACAGGCACAGAUGUGUAAUGAUGGCAAAGCUGCAGCUGGCAGGGAGUCCAUGGGGUAUGCUGGUACUUGAGGCAUUUUAAAACCAGUUGACCCAACCCCGCAAGAAGGAUGCAAGAGCAAUUAAAGAACUGGAGUGAAUCCAGCUAAAGGCUUCAUCGUCUAACUCAUUUUCCAUAUCUCUUCCCCCCCACCCCCCACACCAAAGCUAAA